GCAAUCUCAACCGGACCAGGAAGGACAGGAUGGGUAUGCGACUCCACCCUGCCCACACAGAAGUCAGACGUAGAGACUCCUAGACCUCGCACGGCAGAUUCAGGGCAAACACCUGGAAUACUGCCCAUUGAAACACAUCAUAACGUUUUACGGGUUGUCCAGUGUUUACUCGAUGCAGUGCCCAAUUCCACAAUGACUGUGUUUGGAUUUUACUUACUGGUGCUCCUGGUUGUCCCUGGAUAUCGGACAUGCAAUGCGUCAACACCAUCAACGUCACCGACAACACUGACAUCGCCUACGACCCAACCAAAGCAAGUAUAUGGGGGUAACUGCAGCACCAGCCAAUGCGAUGACGAUAAUAACACCGUCUAUUGCAACUCUCUUGUCUCCAGGUGUCUGUGUGUUGAUGGCAGAUACCAUAACGGUCAGGCCUGUAUCAGUUAUACAUCUUUAUCACCAAAUUUAACUGAUUCCUCAACCUUAGGAACCGACAACAUCACCGUCACCUGGACUGCUAUUGAUGCCAACAAUUACACUGAUAUAUAUCACCUAAACAUAUCAGAAGGUGGCGAGGUGAUGCAAACCAAAAGCACUGAUCAAAAGACCUACACGUUUGUUGGUCUUGAAGAAGGAACAAUAUAUAACGUCUCUCUUGUGCGAACAAUCACCCGAUAUGGAAGGUCUCAAAAUCUACCUUCCAUCCGUGACGAUUACAGAACAAAGGUUGGCUAUAACCAAACAUGCACAGAGAGUGACACAUGUAUUGAUGGCGACGCCAGCUGUCACGGUGGUAGAUGUCGGUGUGAUCUGGGCUUCUACAGAAGGGACACCAUCUGUGUCAGCAUCGACGAGCUUAAACCUACAUUUAUCAAUGUCACAGUGGACAACACAACCACAAUGACAACAACCUGGGAAUCGCCUUCUCCCUCCGUUGUUACCGGAUAUGAAGUGUCUGUGAUUAGCGACAGCAUCCGUAACAAUUUCACUGUAGGGAAAGACAGCAGGACCACAACCAUCACAGAGCUCACGCCGGGGAGGGAGUACAAUGUGUCUGUGGAGACACAGAUCAGAUACCUGCAGGGAAGAGACGAGAAGACCACUGGCCUUUCAGCGGAACCUACAGUAAUGACACCUGACACCGUGGGUGGGCUAGGCGACAAGACCAACCUCACAGCCCCGGACAUCGUUAUUGACUUCCUCAAGGCUGACGGUGAUGUCGAGUCCUACCUGGUCCAGCUACAGGGGAUAACUGAUGAGAGCUACAACCGGACCAAUGGCGUCACUGCACCUGACACGAUUACGACAUUUAGUGGAGUUGUGCCCAACUACCAGUACAACUUGACGAUAACAACGCUGAGUAAUCAACAUCAAAGUGUCCCUUACACUCAGAUUAUUCGAGUCAGGGCAUCACAGGCCGAUCACGUGGAGGGUUUCAAGACUACGGCACUGACAUCGCGUACUGUAGCAGUGUCUUGGAAGCGGCCAAACAAAACCAAUGGUGACCUCUUCCAAUACCGCCUGGAGGUGUUUAACGGAACCUGUAAACAGCAGAUCGUUUUCAACUGUACGGAAUGCAAAGAAAAUGUUUCAAUGGAGGCAGGUGGAAACUGUGAAGACAUAACAAGCGUCCCUAUAUCUGAAUCUGACAUCAACAAUCCCAUCUAUGAAGUGAAUUACACGGUCACAGGACUCCUUCCAGAUACUGAGUAUGAUGUCACGGUAGCAGCCUAUAACCAGGAAGGAAGAGGGACCGACAGCAGGUUAUCGGUAUCAACCGAAGAAGAAGCUGCCAGUGAACCAACUGCCUUUACAGUAAACAGUACAACAUCCAACAGCAUCACGGUAACAUGGGAACCACCGGUACCACGGCCCGGAGGUACACACUACAACAUCAGUGUUUAUGAGAAGAAUGAAAACACUUCCUUCUAUGAGUACAUUGACAGCACAGUAUUAACCGGUUAUGACCAUACCAUGUAUACCGUGAACACUUUGUCAAGUUUCUGGGAAUACAAGUUCUACAUUCAGGCAUUCACGAUGAAAGGGGGAUCUGGUAACGUCUCGUCUGGUGUGGUGGUGACUGAAGAGUCGGCGCCAACCGAAGUUGUACAGUUCAUUAUAACAGAAACCCAAGCCGUUUACAACAUACAGCUCUCCUGGGAGUGUCCUAAACAGAAGGAUGGAAGAAACGGAAAAAUCAUAAGUUCAACUUUGAUCUACUACUCAAACCAAACAUCAAUGAGUAACGCAAAGAGAGGAAACAUGACGUAUGAUAAUAUCGACGACUGCAAAUGGGUGGAAAAAGUUGAAGUCACGCCGCAGUUCUCAUAUAAUUUCACGGUUUUCCUUCACAAUACCUUUCCUGGUGCGCAGUCAGGUCUACAGGAAUUUAUAAAAGCGGGACCUCCAAACAUCAAUGAUUGUUCAGUGAGUGGACCUACGACAUCAAAUUCACUGACUAGCGUUACGCUGAACAUAGACGGCAGAUGUCUUCAUGAUGAUAGGAACGGAAAGGUCACCAUCACUGGACUUCUUGUUUGUGUGAAUCCACCGUGUGACGCAGCAAGAAAACGAAGGACGGCAGCAGGACUUUCAUAUGAUGAUUACACAAACUGGCACACAUCAAAGAAUGGUGAUUUCCAGGAACAGUACCGUACAACAGCGGAUGACUGGGAUUCCGGGCUGACUGACAACCACCACUUUAAAUAUACUGUUGGUGAAGAACAAUGCCUCCCUGACCCCUCCACACACUUUUGCAAUGGCCCGCUACCAGAAGGCAGCACUUUAAGCGUGACUGCCUUCGCCUGUACUGAAGCAGGGUGCGCUGAGGGACAACCAGUAGAUGUCAAAACAAAAGCCCGGGACCAAGUUUCUGCAGAUGUUGGGUUGAUUGUUGGUGCAGCUGCCGCGGCCGUUGUGUGUGUCACUGUCAUCGUUCUGCUUAUAUGGUUCAUCAGACGUGGAAGAAACACAGGCAAAGGUGAAAGUCACUUGUCGACAGAGGAGAAUAACACUGGGGAUCUUAUUACUAGGAAAAGGCCCGUCAAGAUUUCAGAGUUUGAGAGGCGUGUAGAUGACAUGCAUAAAGAUUCAAAUCUACUGUUCUCAGAAGAAUUUGAGGAUAUAUGUGCUUUAAGUCCAAAACAUGCAAGCAAAGCUUCAGAAACCGACGGCAACAGACUCAGGAACAGAUAUGUCAACAUUCUUCCAUUUGAUUACACGCGGGUGAAGCUCCGGUCCUUGUCAGAUGACGAUGAGGACGAUGCAGAUUACAUCAACGCUAAUUAUAUACCGGGUAAGAACUCUCCUCGCGAGUACAUCGCCACCCAGGGCCCCAUGACCGGAACUGUGGCGGACUUCUGGAGGAUGGUGUGGGAACAGGAUGUCAACGUCAUCAUCAUGCUGUCAGACCUGCUGGAGAAGGGCAAGCCCAAGGUUGACAUGUAUUGGCCAAAGACCAUUAACGAGCCAGUGCAACACGGAGAGAUCAUUGUCGAGAUGAUAAACUACUCGCCACUCAACAAAUACAUCAUCAAAAUCUUCCAGAUAAGGAAGGGGGACGAAAGUCGGAAGGUCCGCCAUUAUUUCCUCCCUGGGUGGCAGGACUUUGGUGCUAAUCUUACCCCCGAUAACGUCAUCAGCUUUGUCAGAGAUGUCCGGAUGACCGUAACGCCCACGGACACAGGUCCUAUAUGUGUGCACUGCAGUGCUGGCGUCGGGCGGACUGGGACGUACAUCUCUCUGGACGUCUUCAAGCAGGCGAUAGACGAGGAGAACUUUGACAAAGAGCUGGACGUGUUUGACUUCGUGAUGAAGAUGAGGGAAAACAGGUCCUACAUGGUCCAGACAGAGAAACAGUACAUAUUUAUCCACGACACUAUCAAGGAAAUGAUCAUAAAGAAGAAGAAGGAAAUAGCACAGAGAGACAACAUCUACCAGAACUGCGGCAACGAGCCAGAGGAGAAUGUCUAUGCCAACCAGGGAUAUGAACCUGACCCGGAAGAGCUGUACAUGAACGUCAGCUCUGGACAACCAACCGCCGUGCUGUAGGGGCCGACACACGCCGGUAAACUGGGAGGACGGGGAUAUCUGUGCAACCACGUUGGUAGAGAAAUGUUGCCACAGAACAGAGUAACGGAUGAUUGCUGUUAGUAGCUCAGUGCUACAAUAGCUUAAUGAUGCUCACUUUGUUAUUAGAAUACUUUGUCUUUGUUUCUUCCACCAAUUAUUUUAACACGGAAUAUAUUAAUACAUUGUUCACGCGGUCUAUUACACAAUUUUACUAGGCUUGUUUCAAUGUGUUGAAAAUGCUUAUUACCUAUUGGGUUUAAUAACGCCCCAGAGGACCUAAAUAUUCAAAUCAAAAUCAAUUUGAUACUCAUACCACAACUUGUUACAAAUGAAUUGAACAUCAUAUACAAAAGUACCAAAGAAUCUCUGGCUUCAAGAUGUGGAAAUAUGCAUAAAACAUUCAGAAUAAGCAUUUACUUCAUCAGGAAAUAAUCAGUUAUAAUUAAUAAGGAAACAAAUAUAUGUCCGUUUCCUAUUACAUGCUUUUUAAAAAUAGGGUAGGUGGGUCGGUUUUAUCUUUUUU